GGAGGACGAAGGAAACGCACAGUGGAGCAAUGCGGAGGUUUCAUGUCUUUUGAGUGUUUGGGGCGAAGAGACAGUGCAGGCAAAAACGCAGGGCUGUUAUCGAAAUAAAUCAAUUUACGAAGACAUUUCACGAGAUAUGGGGAGGCACGGUUUGGAGCUCUUCACCUUCUGGCAGCUUGAUGUACUCGCGCAUCAUCUCAUUUCGCACGGCAUGGCAAAACUCCCGGACUAUUAGGCAUACCGAUGCGUCACUUAUGCCAAACAGAUGUGCCAGUGUUCGAUAACCAGCUCCUGUCGCGAGCCACCAUAGUCCAACUCCAACGCGCUUCUGCACUGAGAUUGCCUGGCGAAAUAUUGUGUCCUCGUAUGAGAGCAUUGGUGACAAACGCACACACAACAUUUCAAAAGUUUCUCGUCGCAUACGAAAGUUGCUGACCCACAGUUCUUGACCCCAGGUUCCAACAACGCGAUCCCACCAGUCUUGAGUCCUUUGCCGCAUCCAAACCAACCUUUGAACCGAUGUUGCAGCGAUCAUCGCUAAAUUCGCCCAGGCUGCAACAAGGGCUCUCUUCUUUUUUUCUCCGCCGUAAGAGACCAAUGUUUUGCUGACUUUUUUGAUGACUUUUCAAAAUACUGUGGAAAGCAAAACACUGAAUAAUUUUAUUCGCGUCUUAAAUCCAUUGCAUUUCGUGCUGUUUUACUUCAUUUUCCGGGUCAGAACGUCUACAUUUGGUAGUUUCAGCAGUGUAUGUGUAAAUGCAAAAAUCGGAUACGGGUCACCUUUAAAAGAUGAUGUAAGCGUGUCGUCAAAAAAAUUGGAUAUAGUCAGAAAAUCGGAUUUGGGGAUCAAGACCUGCAGUGUAAAUGCAGCCUAUGAGACUGUGCACUGGUGCCCAAGACCCCAUCAGUAGCUCUCUACUGUGUCAGAUAAUGUUUACAAUUAGAAAGUUGGACAAGCUACAAACAUUCAGGCUUUGUCCUUUGGAUGAUCUCUCCUUCUCCCUCCCCGUCUCCCAGCCUCCCUUUUUCUACGUGGCUUCCAAUGGCUUGCCGUUUCCUCUGAGGACCAGGAGUGCUCAUUUUUUUUCCCAGACGCCUUGGAAGGCAAAUAAAAAGAGAAGUUUUACUGCUCGUUUCUCUUUUGCCUGGUCAAGACUGUGAAUCCAGUGAAGCUUCAGAAAUCUAAAUGACUGAAAGCAAUGACAUCACUGCAGACAUGGCCUCUUACCUUCUUGCUUGUUAUCGCAGUGCAUUGCUCUAACUCUCUAGAAGACAAUCAGAUCGCUAGUUUGUGCACAGGUAGCCCUGGUAUCCCAGGAUCUCACGGGUUAAAUGGCAGCCCUGGUCAGCCUGGCAGGGAUGGGCGAGAUGGACGUGAUGCACAACCAGGAGGGAAAGGGGAAAAAGGGGACAGAGGAGUGUCAGGUCAGUCAGGUGAGAGAGGCUUCACAGGAGACCGAGGGGAUCCAGGGGAAAAAGGAGAGAAAGGAUCCUCAGGCGAGUGUGCAGUGGCCACCAAAUCAGCUUUUAGCGCUAAGCUCUCUGAGUCCCGGACCACGCCACUGACAGUAAGGGAUGCAGUGCGCUUUGACAGCGUUGUUCUGAAUGAGCAGGGGGAUUAUAAUCCUGAGACUGGACGCUUCACCUGUAGAGUGCUGGGUGUUUAUUACUUUGCUGUUCACGCCACAGUUUACCGCUCCAGCUUGCAGUUUGACCUCAUAAAGAAUGGAAACGCAGUGGCCUCCUAUUUUCAGAUCUUUGGGAACUGGUCCAAACCAGCCUCCCUGUCAGGAGGAACUCUAGUGCACUUGAUUCCAGGAGAUCAGGUGUGGGUGCAGAUGGCCCUGGGUGAGUACACGGGCUUUUACUCCAGCUCUAAAACAGACAGCACUUUCACUGGUUUCUUAGUGUACUCAGACUGGAAAAACUCUGCUGUUUUUGCAUAGAUUCAAAUGAUUCACCCAAAAAUGCAAACUCUGUUGUUAUUUACUCACCGUUAUGUCGUUCCAAUCCCAUAAAAAUGUCUUUCUUCUGUGGAACACAAAAGGAGAUAUUAGGCUGCGUUCACUUUUAUUGUAUGAAAAAAAGUUUCAAUGAAAGCGAAUGGUGACUGAGAUUAAAAUUCUAAGUAAAUAAAUAAUGAAAGAAUUUUCAUUUUUGGGUGAAUUAUCCCUUAUCCCCAAAAACAAGAUUUUGGUUUUGAAAAAAACCUUUAAUUCUUGACUACAACAGCUCUCUGUCUCUCUCUCUCUCUCUCUCUCUCUCUCUCUCUCUCUCUCUCUCUGUCUUUUCAUCCAAGUCAAAUAUACUUGUUCACAGAUGAUACAGUUCUAUGUAGAUUUAGACAAUAUUUAUUCUGGUGGCAGGCAUUAUAUUUUGUGAAAA